UCAAAUCAGCAAUGCAAACCAGGCAUCGCUCAUACAUUUGCGGCUUUCCAAUUUGGUCUCAAGCUUUCGCUUCACAUUCCGGUCCGGUUGAGUGCGGUGCAGCUGCAAUGGCGAGCGUGAAGGUGUUCGGGUCGCCGAUGUCGGCGGAGGUGGCGCGCGUUCUCAUGUGCCUGUUCGAGAAGGACGUGGAGUUCCAGCUGAUCCGCGUCGACGCCUACCGCGGCCCCAAGCGCAUGCCCCAGUACCUCAAGCUCCAGCCCCUCGGCGAGGCGCUCACCUUCGAGGACGGCAGCCUCACCCUCUCCGAGUCGAGGGGCAUCCUGCGGCACAUCUCGCACAAGUACGCCAUGCAGGGCAACCCGGACCUGAUCGGCACGGGGGCGCUGGAGCGCGCGUCCAUCGAGCAGUGGCUGCAGACCGAGGCGCAGAGCUUCGACGAGCCCAGCGCCCAGAUGGUCUACAGCCUCGCCUUCCUGCCGCCCGCCAUGCCGCAGAAGCUCAACAACGGCGACGGCGAUGGCAGUAAUGGCACCGGGGCCGUGGUGAACGCGUCGGCGAAGCGCGUGACGGCGGCGGGGGCGGCCAAGGAGGAGGAGAUGCGGAAGCUGUUCGAGAAGAGCCAGAGGGAGCUGGAGAAGCUGCUGGACAUAUACGAGCAGCGCCUGGAGGAGGCGGAGUACCUGGCCGGCGACAAGUUCACCAUCGCCGACCU